AUGGCCGUCUUCGAGACGCAGAGCCUCGUGGCGGCGGCAGCGGCUUUGCUGCUAGCGUAUCCCGUCUGCAAGAUCGUCUACAACCUGUACUUCCACCCGCUGGCGAAGAUCCCCGGGCCGCGGGCGUGGGCAGCAACCCGUCUUCCCUACUGCCGAGCGCUCAUUCAGGGGACGAUAGUACACGACUUUGAGAAACUACACCAGAUAUACGGGCCGGUUGUGCGUACGGCGCCGGAUGAGGUCACCUUUGCGCAUGGAGAUGCGUACAACGACAUCUUCCGGGUCCGUCAGGGUCAUAAACAGUUCCUCAAGGACCCCGUCUGGUGGGCGAGGCAGAAGGGCCAGCCGGACUCCAUACUCAGCGCGAUCAGGCCGGAAAACCAUGCUCGGAUUCGAAAGAUACUGGCUCCCGGGUUCACUACUCGUGCGCUGAAGGCACAGGAGCCGCUGGUUCAGAAAUACGUCAAUCUUCUUAUCCAGCGAAUGCACGACAAGGCGAGCGAGGUCGAGGACGGCAAAAAGGGGGCCGAGUUUGAUAUCGGGCCCUGGUUCAACUUUACCACCUUUGAUAUCUUUGGAGAACUCGGCUUUGGAGAGUCGUUUGACUGCCUCGAGAAUUCCCGGUACCAUCCAUGGAUUGCGCUGCUUUUCAGCAGUGUCAAGGCGGCUGCAUUUAUAUCUGCUGCCAAAUUCUUCCCGCUGAUCACCUUAAUGCUCAUGAAAUGUAUACCCGAGUCCCUCAAGAAGGUGCAGAGGGAUCACUUCCAGCAGAUUGUAGAUAAGGUCGACCGGCGUCUCAGCUGGGAACUGGACCGUCCGGAUUUCAUGUCUCAUGUUAUCAAGUCCGACGGAACCACGAAGAUGCCGAUUGGGGAGAUCUAUGCCACCUUCAUGGUGAUGACUACUGCCGGAAGCGAGACGACUGCAACCACACUCAGUGGGACGAUGAAUCACCUUGUUUCCCAGCCGGACGCCCUUGCAAAGCUCACCAAGGAGGUUCGCAGUGCAUUCCAGAGCGAGAGUGACAUGACCCUGGAUGCCCUCCAUGACCUCCCGUACCUCGACGCCGUACUUCGGGAGGGCCUCCGAACCUGUCCACCCGUUCCAUGGAUGCUGCCCAGAGUUGUCCCGCGUGGAGGUGACACUGUCUGUGGAACCUGGUUACCCGAGGGU